UGCACAGUGCGGUUGACAAUGUAUCGUGAAAGUGAAUAAAGAUGUAUAUAGCCAUGAAAUAUACAAUGGGAAUAUUCGCGCUAAGCAUUUGGUUUUUCAAAGUGUGUAUUGCUAUCAAAUUGAAAGAGUUGUCACUUGGAAUGCUAUCUGACAAUGUACCAUUUCAUCUGCAAGGCGUUCAACAAGCACCGCCCAUUCGUUCACAGUCAAUGAACCCCGUAUCAAUACCAGAGUUAAUGAAAGUUUCCACUCUAACAAAUGGUGCAACAAGUAGCAAGUGGCCAAAGAAAGCGAACGAAGUAAAAAAACAGCUAGCAGGCACUAUACUAAACCAGAAAGUUCAAACGCAAACACACAAACGUCUUCGUAAUAAACUUGUAAGUGAUUCAAACACAACGGGUUUAUUAAAGACUCAGCUACAAAAUAUGCCAAUGUUGAUGGCAUCCACUACACUGCCGCUCGAAAUCUUAGCGUCAGUUCGUAAAAACAAGACGCUACUUGAUCAGCAAAAGCAACGGGCGAGACACCGGCACAAAAAUUUGACAACCCAUACUGUGGUUAUGAAGACGGCUAACAAACAAAACAAGUUUCGACGAGGCAAUGAUCAUAAAAACUUGUCGCAGAAAUUGCGAAGAAAUCGUGUACGUCGUGAAUUACAGGAAUCGUCCAACUCCAAAGGGAAACCAAAAAUUAAAAAACAACCAUCUACCUCGGAAUUAGUCGAUAAUGCAAAUUUGAUUAUUCGAAAAGGGACUUUGUUGUUAUUGCACUUGGAUAAUCUAUUGAAGGAUGCCGAUUUUUUUUUACGUAAUGAAGAAGACAUGAUAAACUGGAAUUCAAAUUGCAAUAUGAAAAGCUUAAUAUUGCAAAAGUUCCCGCAGAAUGAGUUAAAAAAUUUACACUCCAAAACUCAAGAAGAAAAUAAAAGAAAAAGAGAUUGUUGUAUUUUAAGAGUCAAUUGUACGAAAAAACCUGAUCGGAAAGCGGAUGAUAGGCUUCUCUAUGAAGAUGUCAUAGCAAACAUCAGAAAUAUGCAACAUAUACAAAAUAUCCAUUAAAAGGAAAAGGAGCAGAAAUAAGAGAAUAAAGUUAGGAGUAUCAGUAAAUACUUGGCGAAAUUAUUAUUUUGUUUCAGCUUUUAUUCGACAUAUAUAUAUAUAAUAGUAAUGGAAAUUAUAGCUAAAACCAUUGUACCUUUUUACUGAAAACUA